CAGCACCAUUCGCCACGCUGGAUACAUCGAGUCAGGGCUGCUCUCCGCGUAUAACGCGUCCAAAGCCCGGGAGGGUGGGUUCCUUUGCGGUCGCUUCAUCGCAAAGGGGAUAUCACCUGUGAGUGAUAUUUCUGCACCAUGGUCCGAUAUCUUGUCUCCAAGAAGGGUGUGCCCGUGUUGGCAAGCGUAAGAUCAGACCCUGCUGCACAGUCGGCAUGUGUGUUGGUUGUGAAGUACAACGAGGAGCCAUUCCAGCUUAGCUUCUUCCUACAAUGCACGACUUUCAUUCAUGGCUUUGAUGAUGAGCAAACUUUCACCUUGAUCUAUGAUGCUGACAACCUGAUGCGCGACCUAACUUCGCUCAACAAUGCCACCACGUCCCUUUCCCACGACCAGUUGACCUCCAUCGCACGCGCCGGAAAUCCCCAGAUAAGAGCAUUGGCUCUAACGCUUGCUAAGCCAUGCAAGAUCAGGUGCCCCUCUUCGACCGGUACCCUGACCUCGAAGAGCGGAUAUGAGGCUCCAUUUCACCGCCUGGUGGCCCUCGCGAAAGCUACAGCGAUCGAUAUCACCUUCGACUACAAUUGGGUGCACGCCGACAAUCGUCUUCCUCUAGACCGCUUCUUCAAACACAUGGGGGCGUUUUCCGGGUUCUCUGAGAGUGCCGAUGGAUAUAAAUACGCAGAUUGGGCAAUCUUCUGUACGGUUGAAGAAGACCGCCAACCACCACCUUCGUACACAAACGCGGUGGACACAGGUGCAUCACGAAAGCGACCCAGGCGUGUUACACCACCCUCACAGCCCGCAUCGCCGCCUCAUAAACGUCAGCAUCACGACUAUGGGUCGCCCACAGAAGUAGCGACAUCCUCUCCUUGUCCGCCCGGCACAUCCCAUCAUUCGCCAUCCGAGAAGGAGGAAGCAAUACUUAGCCAUGCACACCCAUCUUUACACGCCAGUGACGAGGUCGCCUUCCAAGAGGCCAUCGACAAGGCCGUCGAGGCUCAGCUUCCAGCCAUCGUGGAGAGCAUGUUGCCCAAUAUUCUCAGGAGCAUAUUGCCGGAUGUCCUCCACAAAUCCCUUGCUCCCAGACGAUCACAAUCUUCGUCGCCUCCCCCUAGAGCCAGCUUUACGCCGGAACCUUCGCCUUCUCUCGGCACACUCAUAGCCGACCGUCUGGAAGAUCUGGCCAAGGAUCAUCUGGCUUCCAUCUUCGCCGAUGCCAAUGACCAAGCUUACAGCCUCCGCAGCCAAGCUGACGGAGAGUUUGAAGACGUGGUCGCUGACCACAAGAUCGAUGUUGACACAAUCAAGGAAGACUGCAUACGAGAGCUUGGUGAAGUGGUCGACGACAAGCUGUGCAAGUUCAAGGAGCAGACCGAGGAGAUUGUCGAGACUGCUGUGGAAGAAGUAGGAACCAAAAGCGGUGAAAUCCGUGACGACAUCUGCGACGGGCUUGAAGAGUUUAUAAAGGUAGCUUCUGCUUCACUUAAAAGCUUGAGAGAAGGGAAAGGCCACCGCAUUCGUGUGUCGACGAGUCAAGACUAAAUAUCAUGAAGCAUAUCAGUACAUGAUGAAUCGCCAUCUGUUGCUUGUGAUGUCGCUGCCGUCUGACGUUUAGGCAUUGUAUCUUGUCUCGUAAUACAACGCAUGCCUGGCAAUGUCGCGUAGUCGCAUGUGACUGGGUCUUCCUGACUCCUGGGCGGUCUCGCGCUCUCCUAGUCGAUGGCAUCUCCAUCAGCCUUGCUUGGAGCCAAGACUUCACUUUCUCACGUACCUACUUGCUAGGCUUUCUGAGACAGAUUUACGAGCACAGGAAUCGUAGAUCUAGCUUUUCGCACCAUCUUUCGUUUCUCAAAAAUUCCAUUGGUCCGUACAUCAUGGCAGUUCUUAGUAGUCUCUUUGGAAGACGUCG